GAAAAGGGAAGUAGUUCCCUCUUUUGCAAGCAUUGGCAUGGUCUCCGCUUUCACUGCUCUGCUUAGAAGCUGUAAAGAAAGACGGGCGGUGUAGUGAUUUAACUCGAGUUUAGCAGAUGUAAAGAAAGCGUCACUGACGAGCACACUGACAGCAGUGCAGUAACCGGCGCGUCGUGGUAAAUAACACCCCGAGAGAAAAAAACAACCCAUUUUUCAGAAUUUUGGAGAUGAUUUAAAGAAGUGUUAAAUUCCACUGCUGUGUUUUUUUUUUUUUUUUUUUUUUUUUUUUUGGUGGGGGAUAUAACUGUCUGGAAAAGAAAAUGGCGAGCUUUUUGAUGAACGUGUCUAUUGCCCUUGUGUUCAUUGUCAUGUGCUCGUUUUCUUCUGCCAAAGAGGAGACCGAAGAAAAAGAAAAGGAGGAAAGAUCGUGCCAAGGUGCUUUCGACUUGUACUUUGUCCUAGAUAAAUCAGGAAGUGUAAAAAACCACUGGAUGGAGAUUUACUCCUUCGUUGAAGAUCUGGCUGAAAAGUUUAUCAGUCCUAUGCUGCGAAUGUCCUUCGUAGUGUUCUCUUCUCGAGGAAAAACAAUCAUGAAAUUAACUGAAAACAGGGACGACAUAAGAAAAGGACUUAUCUCUCUAAAAAGAGAGAUGCCUGGAGGAGAUACAUUUAUGCAUUUAGGACUGGAAAGGGCAAAUGAACAAAUAUACCAUGAAAAUUAUGGAGGUUUUCGGACGGCCAGUGUGAUAAUUGCGUUGACUGAUGGAGAACUGAAUGAAGAACAAUUCUAUCGUGCACAACAAGAAGCUGAACGAGCUAGGGGUUUUGGAGCUAUUGUUUAUUGUGUGGGAGUGAAGGAUUUUAAUGAAACACAGCUGGCAACAAUAGCUGACACUAUAGAUCACGUGUUUCCUGUACUGGGAGGGUUUAAUGCUCUACGAGGUAUAAUUGACUCGAUUCUUAGGAAAUCCUGUAUUGAAAUUUUAGCGGCCGAACCUUCAAGCGUCUGUGCUGGAGAGUCCUUUCAGGUUGUUGUAAAAGGGAAUGGGUUUUCUCACGCAAGGAAUGUUGAUCAGGUUCUCUGCAGCUUUAAAAUGAAUGACACUCUUACCAUAAAUGAGAAACCUGAAGACAUUGAAGAUACAUAUUUAUUGUGCCCGGCUCCAGUAAUAGAUGAGGUUGGACAAGUUGUGUAUCUGCAAGUCAGCAUGAAUGAGGGCUUAACGUUCAUUACCAGCUCCGUGUACAUCACCACCACUCACUGCUUUGAUGGGACAAUACUUCUGAUCACACUGUUAGUCCUGUUUUUAUUACUGGGUCUUCUUCUGAUGUGGUGGUUCUGGCCUCUAUGUUGCACUGUGGUGAUUAAAGAGCCCCCACCUCCACCACCCCCCGAGUCUGAAUCUGAAGAUGAGGAUGGAAUGCCAAAGAAAAAAUGGCCAACGGUUGAUGCGUCUUACUAUGGAGGCAGAGGAGUUGGAGGCAUAAAAAGAAUGGAGGUACGCUGGGGUGGCAAAGGUUCAACAGAAGAAGGAGCCAAACUGGAGAAACCCAAGAACGCUGUAGUUAAAAUGCCUGAACAAGAGUUUGAACCCUUUGAGCCAAAGCCAAAGAGAUUUAGCAGGAGGCAGCCUCAGGAGAGAAAAUGGUACACGCCGAUCCAGGGCAAACUUGAUGCAUUGUGGGCACUGUUUCAGAGGGGCUAUGAUCAAGUGUCUCUCAUGAGGCCACUACCUGGAGAUCAGGGAAGAUGCAUUAACUUCACAAGGGUAAAAGAGGAAGCAGCACGUGCUCCUCCGAGAGCUCCACGAGAGUCCAUCCCUCUAAACAGAGCGACCACGCCCCCUCCCCCUCCCCCUCCCCAGAGCACUGCCCAGCCCAGUCCAGAGGAUCACCGCUGAGUCGACCUCCACCAGGAC